UGGUCCUACGGGCAAGUGUGUCCGCACGCACUCCUUCAGGAAUGGAUGACGAUGCACCAGAUGAGGUCUUCGCUGAGCUCAGGGCCAGGCCCCUCGGAGGAUGGGCGGUUGCUCAGAUAGCUGCUGGCACUGGGCUCGCUAUAUAUGCCAUGUGGGCAGGAGUCCUCCAGCCAGGCUUCCGAAAAGUCCCCUUGAGGCUGCAGGUCCCGUAUAUUCCUGCCAGCAAAGCUCAAGUAGAUAAUGUGAUGACAUUGCUUAGAGGUCGAAAGGGAGGCCUUGUGGAUUUGGGAUCUGGUGAUGGCCGCAUUAUCUUGGAAGCCCAUCGGCAGGGUUUCUCGCCUGCAGUUGGUUAUGAGCUCAACCCCUGGCUGGUUCGCCUGGCUCGCUUUCAUGCCUGGAGAGCAGGGCAUCGUGGAAAAGUGUCGUACAGACGCGAAGAUCUCUGGAAGGUCGACUUGACAGAAUGCAAGAAUAUAACAGUGUUUUUGGCUCCUAGUGUGCUUUCAUUAUUGCAGCAGAAGUUGCAGGCUGAGCUUGCCGACGAUGCCGUAGUGGUCGCUGGUCGUUUUCCCUUCCCUGACUGGACACCUUGCAGGAUUGAGGGACAGGGUGUGGACAGAGCCUGGGCUUACAGCAUGCAAGCACAAAGACAGAACACCAUGAAAAAUGACAAGCUCACAGUUUCAGAUAGUGACCCCAACAGUGGACUAACCAAGGAGAAAGGAUCCACUUGAAGCUUCAUGUUCCCAGUCUUUUUCCCUUGAGAGUGGAAACAUGAAAUGAUACAGUAACAUUAGCAAGCUGCUUUUGUAAGAUAAUCCUAAAGUAUUGAGGAUGUUUAAUCUAACUGACUGAAAACAUUUUGACUACAUCUCCAACCUUCUGACAAACUUGUUGUUGCUUCCCACUCUACUGUGGCACUGAAAUAACCAAGUAACAGCAAACAUAUAUUUUUGCAGAAACGCUCUUCGGGGAGUAAGCUUAUAAAUGUAUUUAGAAGUAAUUUUAUCAUCUGAAUUGUUUUAAGUAUAUGUCACAGAAAUGAAGACUAGUUUGUGUUUUUAUGUGCUCUAUUUAUCAUUAUUAAUUAUUAUUAUGUAAUAUUUCUUAGACAGCUCUACGUGUAAUUGUACACCUUCAGAGGAAAGUUCACAUUCCAUGGUGCAGCCAAUUUUCUACAGGUACACAGAGGUAAAAAUGUAAAUGCUCUGUAGGUGAUGGACUUCUCAGCUGUGAGAAUGCCAUCAUGACAGAAAAUGAGGAAUGAGGCUUUUCAGGCUCUGGAGUUCACAGUGUUUUUCCUCAAAUUUUACAAACAGAUUGUAACACUUGCUUAAACCUCAUGAGGUCCACAGUGUAUAAAGGAUA